UGCAUUUCAGAGGCAUUUGACUCCACCUGUUUUAACCCCGUAAAUGCAGCAUCACCCAACCACAUGCAAUGCGCACAUAGUUACGAGCCAGGGGCGGACUGACAACUCAUGGGGCCCCCGGGCAAUAGGGGAUCAUGGGGCCCCUGUGUCCUUGCCCAAACUCAAAAAAGCCUAUGAAAAGGGUACCAGGGGCAUCUCAUGGGGCCCCCUACUGACCCCGGGCCCUCGGGCAGCGCCCGAGUUUCCAAAUUGUCAGUCCACCCCUGAAUGC